UUGAAAAAACUUAUGAAUAGUAAAAAUAAAAUUCUUUCGGAAAUGUUAAGAACAAGAAAAUUAUAACUAUUUGAUAGGACUCUGUUCUCGUUUCACUGUUUGACUUGACUUGGUUCUAAUAUAGACGAUAAUAGACUAUAAUUCCUAUAUUAAAAAAUGAAUACAUAGUAUACGUAGCCUAAAAUAGUUGAAGUGGGAUUGAAUGACUGAAAUGAACAAUUUUUAAUGUACGAAUGAGGUUUUAUUCUCUUUAUAAUUCAUGAAGUGAAUUAUAUAAAACAAACCAAUAAUUAUCAGGUACCGGAAUAAUAGACAUAGACAGGAGGAACUGAAAGGAUUUAAAAUUCAAAUAUGGCAUGAAGAAAAAAAUAUAUUUUUUUAAACUGGUACUUUCUGAUAUCAUUUCAAAAUGAAGAACGAACAUUCUCCUUCAGAAGAUCCAAUCUGGUUACAGAGUGCAGAAUUAUUAUCUGCAGAAACUGUAGAAUGCUUGCCAGUUAUAGGCAGUUCUCAGGUGUCUUCUAUACUCGAAAACUUAGAACAGUCAGGAUCUGAAACAAAUAAUCAGAACUUGGAUCUGAUUAUUCUCCCUUCGACGGAUUUCAAACAUACAGCCGAGAAUCCACUGAGCCUACAUGACAACUACAUUGUUUUAAAUGAAAGUGGCAACGCUAAACGUCUACAAAGUGAUUAUACGAAAAGGAAAAAAGAUGACUACGAAGACAUGCUCUAUUUCGUGUGCAACAUGUGCCCGUUUUUAUGUACCGAAGACACCAAAAUCGCCGAGCACUUAGAAAAUGCCCACAUAAACAACACAUCCGUCAAACUUCCAGAACUGAAGUGCCCAGCAUGUCCCAAUAUUUUCUAUCAUAAAAUUUCACUGAGGUCGCACUUGAUCCACGACCACGGAGUAGCAAACUCCGACUUGAGUCAAAUCAUCCAAGCUGUGAUAUAUUAUUCGCAAAAAUCGAAGACGAAAGAGAAGGAAGACCAACUGAAGGAACAGAAUCGUAUCGCUGAGAUUGUCAAAAAGGCCCUUGAGCCUCAGAGCACCAGUUCUUUCGAGGCUGACGGUAUUGAAAGGGGGGCCGAAAAUCUCGACGACAUUUACUUGCCAGAUAUUAACACUUUAAACCAACCCGACGCAGUUAUGAAAUAUAUUGACCAGAAAAACAGAAGUAGAUGCAUUUUCCCAAAUUGUAAGGUUCGCCUUUGGGGAGAAGAGAAGAUGAAUUACCAUAUGGCUUGUCACGUCAGCGAUGGAUUCUCAUGCAAAGACUGUGGGGAGCAGUUUUCUGUCUGGAAGCCUCUGGCGUCGCACUUGUGGCGACUCCACAAGAUCGACAUGGACCUUUACUCGUGCGACAAGUGCGAUUACAAAACCUACAGCCAAGCCAAGUUGAACAACGUACACAAACUCAUACAUAGCGAUGCCAAGAACUUCCUGUGUAACGUGUGCAAUAAGGCUUUCAAGAACAACAAACAGCUGAGGAAUCACAAGUUGACACACAAGGAUAAAGCGGAGAGGUUGAUGCACCCGUGCGAUGAGUGUACCAAAGUUUUCGUGGACCGCAGGCAGUUGAGGACCCACAAAGAUGUGGUCCACAAGAAGAUAAAGCCCUAUCUGUGUAGUUUCUGUGGGUAUAAGGGAUCUUCAAGAAGUUCUUUGAAAAUGCAUAUUCGGCAACAUACGGGCGAAAAACCUUUCUCUUGCAACAACUGUUCCUACACUACUUCGGACCACAACUCGCUGCGUCGACACAACCUCCGGCAUACUGGUCACAAGCCAUACAAAUGUAGCUACUGCUCUUAUGCAUGUAUACAGAGCAGCACGUACAAGACUCACCUCAAGACGAAGCACCCCGGUAUGGAGAAGGACCUCAUGUUCACGUGCCACGAAUGCCAAUUCAAAUCUGUCAAUAAAGAGAUGUACGUCUCGCACAUGAUUACGGUGCACAAGACGACUCCGCAGGAGGAUUAGCAGGUUAAUGGGCCGAGAUCUUAGGAAGAUAUAUCAUCUGUGAUGAAGAGAAUUCGGAGGAGGUGUGCCACAGAAUAUUGAGAGGUUUUUUGUUUGGUAUCGAGUUUUUGACGUAAUUCACAAGAGAAUUUCAGGUAAUGUUUUUUGAAGACGACGGAGUGUAUUGUUACAUGAUGCUAAAUUAUAACUCUGAAUGCGUUCAGUUGAAUUAUAAAAAACUUGGGAUCUGGACAUACCGGAUAGAUAUUUUUUAGAGAAAAGAUCUCAUUUUUGUGUGAAUGAAACUGUCUUCAAUGAAUUUAUUAUUGAAUGGAUCCUUUAUUUCCAAGAUAAUUAGAAAUAAUGGAACUUUCAUAAUGGAACUUAUAAUUCUGAAUAAGUUCAGCAAAUUAACGACAUUUCCUUAAAUUAUAAGAAACUUGGGAUCAGGACAUGCUACAUGGAAAGGAAAUAUUAUAUUUUUCUGGAAGAAACUGUCUUCAAUGAAUUCAUUCUUGAAUGAAUCCUUUAUUUGUGGACUUUUGACGAAAUUCGCAAGAUAAUUAGAAAUAAUAGAACUUUCGAUAUAAGUGUAUAGCGAACUUAUAACUCUGAAUAAGUUCAGCAAAUUAAAGACAUUUCCUUAAAUUAUAAAAAACUUGGGAUCAGGACAUGUUACAUGGAUUUUUUUUGAAGGAAAUAUUACAUUUUUCUGGAAAAAACUGUCUUUAAUGAAUUUAUUCUUAAAUGGAUCCUUCAUUCCCAGACUUUGAGAAAAUUCGCGAGAUAAUUUGAAAUAAUGGAACCUUCAGUAUAAGUUUGUUGCAAUAUAGCAACAUAUAAUUCUAAAAAAGUUCAGUAAAUUGAAGAAAUUUCCUUGAAUUAUAAAAAAAACUUGGGAUCAGAACAUGCUAAAUGCAUUUUUUCAAAGGAAAUAUUAUAUUUUUCUGGAAAAAAUGGUCUUCAAUAAAUUCAUUUCAAUCUCAUACUAUCUAUAGAACUUUUCGUCUUGAAUGGAUCCUUCAUUUCCAGAUUUUGACAAAGUUUGCACGAUAAUGUGAAAUAAUAGAGCUUUCUGUAUAAGUUUCUUGCAAUAAAACAAAUUUAUAGCUCUGAAUGAGUUCAGUAAAUCAAAAACAUUUUCGUGAAUGAAGGAAAACAUAGGAAGACACACAAAUAUAUAUUUUUCAAACAUAAGAUCGGAUUCACUUCAAUUAAUUUAUUUUUCCUAAAUGAAAUAUGAAAUGUUCUGCGGAAAAAAUGUUUUCUGUUGCAUUCAAUGAAUAUUUUUUUUGGCAGCAAUUUUUAUAUGUGUUUCAAAAUUUAUUCUAUGUGCAAUUUGAGAAGUGUUGGAAUUUUCUUGACAAAAUACAGUAACAAGUAAUUGAAGUAACUGACGAUUCCUAAAAAAGUAGAGUUGAUGUGUAUUUUAUUGAAUUCUGAUUAAAAUUUAUCAUUCUCUUGAUGAUAGAUCAAAAUGAAAUAUUAGAUUCAAUAUUAGAAGAUUUGAAAGUAAUAAUUGAGUAAAGAUACAUUUUUUAAUAUAUUUGUAAAUAUGUAACAUUGAAAUUAUUGUAAUUUUCAAAACAAAAAUAUUUAUUUGUACAUAAUACUGUCUUUUAUACAUCUUGUAUAUACAGCUAUGAAAUCUU